AUGCCGCAGCAUGAGCACAUGGAGAUGCAUCGGAAGCGCCAUGGCGUUCGAAUGGACGCCGCUGAGAAGAAGCGCAAGAAAGAGGCGCGUGAAGUGCACCGUCGCUCGCAGUUUGCUCAGAAGGUGCAUGGCUUGCGUGCUAAGCUGUACAACCAGAAGCGUUUCAAGGAGAAGGCUGCAAUGAAGAAGACGGUGGCACUCCACAAUGAGCGCACGAACAAACACGCAAAUGACGACGAGAUCCCGGACGGUGCAGUACCGUCGUACCUAUUGGACCGCGAAGGCGUCUCGCGUGCCAAGGUGCUGAGCAACACUGUCAAGCAGAAACGAAAGGAGAAGGCUGGCAAAUGGGACGUACCAAUUCCGAAGGUCAAGCCUAUUGCUGACGACGAGAUGUUUAAGGUGCUGCGCUCGGGCAAGCGCCGCAACAAGGCGUGGAAGCGCAUGAUCACUAAGGCCACGUUUGUGGGCGAGAACUUUACGCGCAAGCCGCCAAAGUACGAGCGGUUUAUCCGUCCUAGCGCCAUGCGCUUCAAGAAGGCUCACGUCACGCACCCUGAGCUAAAGACCACGUUUCAGCUGGAUAUUCUCGGUGUCAAGAAGAAUCCACAGAGUCCGUUGUACACGCAGCUGGGUGUCAUGACGAAGGGUACCAUCAUCGAGGUGAAUGUGAGCGAGCUCGGUCUUGUAACGACGUCAGGAAAGGUCGUGUGGGGCAAGUAUGCCCAGGUCACGAACGUGCCGGAAAACGACGGCUGCAUCAAUGCCGUGCUGCUUGUCUAG